GUUUUGAGAGUGUGAAAUGUCGAAAUUGUUUGUUCCAGAGCUAGCGAGCGCAGCUAGAGGGGCGGAGGACAAUGUCUGCCUCUCGAGGCCUAUCCUUGUGGAGGCUUGCUAGAGCGGCUCCCAGAACCGUGUCAUUAGCAAAGCCGAGCUAUUCAGCUCCGCGUGUUCUGCCUCUUGCUACUCAAACCCUCACCUACCCAAGUCCUCGGAGGCUGCUCUCCAGCCAGACCAACUCAGAUCCUCCUGGGUUUGGUUCCAUACCGCCACGUCAAGAACCAGAAUCGAACCAAGUCUCUGCAGAGAUACCGGACUCAGAUGCAACUGAUGAUGCAACGUCUGACCCGGAACUGACCUCUGACCCUGAAAUGACCUCUGACUCAGACUCGUCGUGGUCUGAGAGCUCUGAACUGGACGAGCCCAGCGUUGUGCUGGAGGCUGCACUGGGGCGCGUCCCAGCUCUCGGGUGGACACCGGCAGCUCUGGAAGAAGGGGCCAGGGACAUGGGUCUCACUCACGUCGUCGAGGACAUGUUCCCAAGGGGAGGGGGAGAGCUGGUGGACUAUUUUGAUACGGUGUGUAACUCGGAUCUGGUGGAAUUCCUCAAACAGAGAGCUGAGGAAGAUGGUGUGAAGCUAUUGGAAGAGGCCGUGGAGCACAGACUCAGGAUGAUCAUCCCUCACGUCAACAACUGGCCUCAGGCGAUGGCUCUAAAGGCGUUCCCAGUCAAUGCCCCGACAGCCCUGGAGAACCUGGGACUGCUGGUAGACGACAUGUGGUACUAUGCAGGAGACAGGUCCACUGACUUCUCCUGGUACACCAAGAGGGGCCUCCUGGCCACCAUUUACACCUCUACUGAGGUCUUCAUGGUGCAGGACACUUCGGUCGACUUCCAGGAGACGUGGAAGUUCCUUCAUCGCAGAAUGGAAGACGCCAACACCUUUGGCAAAGCUUCAAAGGAGUUCCAAGGUCUUGUGUCUGGAGGGGUGGACACAUUCUCUGCUGGACUGAAUGCUGCUCUGAAUGCAUGUGGGAUGAAAGGCCGAUGAUUUUUCGUUCUACGGCUGACGUUACAACAUUAUAGUCAAUGUGGCUGUGUACUGUAGCACCUUGUUCCCCCAAUUUCCCCUGCACUGCUGGAUUUUUUUGAACCUCUUACUUUUUAUGUGCAAAACUGUGAGUUUGCUGACUAGUAACGCACCAGAGAGAGACUGUUUUGUUAAAAAUAAUGUUCUUGAGAAUAAUUGUACAUGUAUGUAUACAGUAAUACAAUGAUUAACAUCAGUAUAAAGAUUCAGAAAGAGAAAUGGAAACAUUGUGACAUACAAACACACACAAAAGGUAAACGACAACACUACAAUUUUAGUUUCCCUCACAGAAUCAUGCAUUCUGGCACAACCACUCGGGAUUAUAUUAUUAAGUAUACAACACAUUGACCUAGAUAGACAGAGGGAUAGUGGGAGGCAGUGCACAUACACAACCAUAGCUAUCCCUCCUGUCCAAAGUCACUCGUGAAGUCUUCAAACCGUUUCAAAUCGUCCGAAUUUACCGUGGGGCGGUUGUUUUGUAGCGCCUUGAGAAAAUCUGAGAUGGUGAGCGCAGGCUCCUUUAGCUUGUCGCUUUGUAUGGACAUCCAGUUCAGCUCGGUCGCUCCGGGUUCGCGAGGACCGCACGGAGUCCAAAGGUCGUUUACUAUCUCUUCGGGGUUCUGGGGGUUUUGGCCGGUCACCUGCUUGAAGUGGGUGGCAGUUUGGACCUUCCGUAUUGGCAUCAUUAGAGCGUCUCGGACUACGAUACCAAUGUCUGCACCAGAGUAGCCGUCGGUACGCCGGGCCAGCUGCGUGAAGUCAUUUGGUGUCAGAGCGUGCGCCGUGUUGCCUAUGUGUAUCUCGAAUAUGCGUCGUCGUGGUGACUCCUCGGGGAGCGGGAUGUAGAUGCGUUUCUCGAAGCGACGUCGGAUGGCGGCGUCGAGCCCCCAGGGGAUAUUUGUGGCCCCCAGAACGAGGAUUCCGUCGUUGUCCACCCCGACCCCCUGCAUCUGGACCAGGAACUCUGUCUUGAUGCGGCGAGUGGCGUCGUUUUCUGAGUCCGACCGCGAACUGCAGAGGGAGUCAACUUCGUCGAUGAAGAUGAUGGCUGGUUUGUUGGUCCGCGCCAACUCAAAGAGAUUCUUCACGAGUCUCUCGCUCUCCCCGAGCCACUUGGAGACGAGGUCAGAGGAGGAGAUGGAGAAGAAGGUGGAGUCGGCCUCCGUCGCGACUGCCUUGGCUAGAUAGGACUUCCCCGUGCCUGGAGGCCCAUAGAGAAGGAUGCCUCUCCAGGGCUUUCUCUUCCCCGUGAACAGGUGAGGGAACUUGACCGGCAUUAUGACCGUCUCUUUAAGUGCGUCCUUGCAAACGUUGAGACCGGCGAUGUCGUCCCAGCGGACAUUGGGCUUCUCUGCCACUAUCGCUCCUGCAGCAACAGUGGGGGGACAAAUGCACAUCACAUACAUCGUUUGUCAAACUUUGCUGUUUCUGUUUCAGCGAUGAUAAUUGCUAAAGUUACCCCACAAUUCUGUGGCCGACCCCGACAUCUCUGAAGUCUCCUCCUGGGUAGAGAGGAUCUUUGGAAGAACGGAGAGGUGCGUAGGAGAAAGCGGCUCUCAACUGCUCUGUGUAUCCGGAUCCGUUCGCUGUUCGUUUAUUAUGUCAUG